CUCUUUUCCUGUGACUUUCAUGUUGAAAUUCCAUGGCACGUUCAGUGGCGUCACGGCGCUGGCACUGGCGUUGGCGGAGGAGGAGUGCCAUGGCGUCCUAGCAGGCCCCGAGUGCUGCGAAGUGGAGGAUUUGGAGGAUCACCAGAUCCUCCAGAAGCCUUGGCGCGACCAGAUCCUCCAGGACAACAUGGUGAAGUUUGGGAAGGUGGGCGGCGAUGGGAGCCACCGCUACGAGUCAUCGCUGAACCCCGCGCUGUGUGAACGAGACCUGCAAGAUCUCAGGGCAGAGAACCCCAACUUCUUUGCACCCCGAGGGCACGCAGCGCGGCGGGAGGCCUUCGAGGCGUGUGCCCGGCGGAACGCACGUUUGGUGGAACUCCACGUGGAUUUGGAGAUGGCAGGAGAUUGCAGCAUGCAUUAUGUGGGCGAUUUCUGCUCUCCCUUCUCGUGCGCCGUGGUCUACGAGAAAUGGAUUCUAUCGGCUCAAUACUUCAUUGAGAACUUUCCACAAUGUGCCACCUUCGCCUUGCAGCCUUGCAUUUGGCAGAACGCUGCCCAGAUGCAUCGAGUCUCUUCACUGCAACAGCUACCAGAACUCUUCGAGGCACUGGAGCUCACCCUCGACACCGACCUCGAGCGGGACAAAGAGGUCCAGACUCUCUUGACCACCUUGGAGAAUCUCUCCGACGACCUGCUGCCGUGGCCGCUGCUGCGGCCCUUUGCCGAUGCUGCGGCCCUUGGGCGAAAGCGGCUGAGGCUGUCGCGGCCACCGCAGAAGCUGCUGGAGAGCGGCAUCCCUGUGAUCCUCGACCUUCUAGCGCCUGCCAUCCAAACGUUGCUGUGCGAAGAGAUGGGCUGCCAGCCCUUCCUCGACGAGAGCUUGCUCGCAGGUGCCACACGUCUUCGGCCGCGCUGGCGCGAGCUGGGCUCCCUCUGCGCAGCUGGACAGUUCCAGCGUGCGGCAGAACUUGAACGACGUUAUGCGGGCGAGACAGAGCGCUGGGUGGCUGCCUUGGCACAGCUAGGUCAUGAUGUUCCUCCAGACUUCUUGCUGUCCUUCCAGGAGCUUUGCAACCUUCUGGGCCGUAGUCAUGCCUCUCCCACGAGAUCCCCGCUUUCACGCGACAUCUGCGGGGAGUCGACCGUGCCGGCGGUGGAACCCACUGGUUGCAGUUGCAGGGCGGAGCCCGUGCACUGCUUUCAGCCCCGUGCACGUCUUUGGGGGCGACGGGUGCGGCGCGCUGUGGUGGCCGCCUUUGAUCUGCAGAUACCACUGGAUGAACCUUACAGGACCUGGGGAGUGCAUGAUGCACCCUUGGACUUCUUGAUGAACUUUGAUCUCAGCCUCACACCAGGCGAAACUGACCGUGUGCUCUUGCUGCCCCGGGCACAUCUGGCACUCUACCCGCUGACCACACGCACUCGCCGAAGGCUACAAGGUGCCAAGGUGAAGGUCAUUGAGGUCCCAUGGAUUGAGCCUCCAGGCGUCUCGCCCACGGUGGCUCAGCGCAACCAGGAGAACCACUUCGGAAACAGGGAGUACAUCCGUUUGCACGCGAUGAAUUUGGACUAUGACGUCGUGGUCUACUUGGACACCGACGUGCGGAUUGUUGGGGAUUUGAACCCCAUUUUUGAAGAAGGCCAAGACCUCUUCGUGUCCACCGGCAGCACGGUGGCGCCCUUGGACGGCGGCUUCUUCGCGGUACGACCCAGUGGAGCCUUGUUCCGAGCCAUGCUCGAUGUCUUGCGCACGGUGCACUACGACCGUGAAACGGGCUGGAACAGGAUGGGCCAUGGCUACAGCUUGGCACUUGGACGCGCGGAGGGAAAUUAUCCCGCUGGCCCACAAGGAUUUCUGUAUCAUUUCUUCUACAUGGCCGAUCCAGCAGUCGACUUGGCACUGAAGCGGAAUGGUGCAGUUCGCCCUCGAAGUGCGCAGGUGGAUUCCUGUCAGUGGAAUUACAACAGUUUCCAUGGAAGCUUCAAGUGGAGAUACUUGGACGAAAGCAGCUACUUCGCGGCCAUGCCCGAAGAGUGGCGCCGACAGGUGGAAUCGUUUCAUCGUCGAGUAACCUGGACCUUUCCCUGCGACUUCACCGUGAAAAAGCCCGUGCUGGUGCACCACAUGGACGAAGCCAUCGAAGGCUACUUGGAACACCUACAGCAGCAACAUCCGAAUCAGACCACAGUGCUCCUGCCGCGAAAAGAUACCUGCGCAAUUGCUGGGCAGGGGGAUGUCAUGGAUCGCCUCAAGCGGCUUUGGCAACACCUGGUGCCGGCCGCCGUGGGCGGAGAGGGCUCCUCCUCCUCCAGCACCUCAGCGCCUCGGAAGGUGUGGUAUGCACCAUACAAGUUCGAGGCCUACGGCGAAGAGGAGAUCGCCGCUGUGACCGCAGCCCUGAGGGAUGGCUGGUUGGCCCCUGGCCCACGCACCGAUGAGUUCGAGGCAAAGGUCUCUGAGCUCUUUGGAAAGCGCUUUGGCGUGAUGGUGAACUCCGGAAGCUCUGGGAACAUUAUUGGCUUGGCAGCCUUAGGCUUGCAGCGAGGCGACGAGGUCAUCACGCCAGCAUGCACCUUCGCCACCUGCAUCGCGCCCAUGGAGCAGCUGGGGUUGACGCCGGUCUUCAUAGACGUGAUCCCCAACCGCUAUGACUCCUGUGACACCAUCACCUAUACCGCGGAGUCCGAUGUUUCUGUGAUCUCCUUCUACGCCCCAUGGACGGAAUUUGGUCGCAGGUCACAGGACGCCUCCCACAUCAUCACUGCCGGUGGAUUGGGUGGCUGUGACAUGUCUGAACGUUUUGGGCAUAGCGUCGAUGGCAUUGAGUAUGACUUCAAGUUCCUUUAUGGUUGUGUAGGUUGGAACAUGAAGGCCUGCGAGAUGAAUGCAGCCUUCGGCCUGGCACAGCUGAAGAAGUUGGAGCACUUCAAGGUGACGCGGUGUCCACUGACGACUGAGCUGGAGAAAUGGGCGUGUCACCGACGACUGAGCGUGGUGGACUGA